CGGAAGCGCCUCUCGGGUCUACGCUCGGGAGUCUUGGUAUCGCCGUGGGGCCACCGGGGCACCGGAGAGGGCUUCCGGGGGUGCACCGACAGCGCUCGGGUGUCAGGGUUGCGAAUCUGAGGGAUGAGGAGGGACCAUGGCCAGCGACGGGGCCAGGAAGCAGUUCUGGAAGCGCAGCAACAGCAAGGUCCCGGGCAGCAUCCAGCAUGUGUAUGGAGCCCAGCACCCACCCUUUGACCCACUGUUACACGGCACCUUGCUCAAGUCCACGCCCAAGGUGCCCACCACCCCAGUGAAGGCCAAGAAGGUCAGCACCUUCCAGGAGUUUGAGAGCAAUACCAGUGACGCUUGGGAUGCGGGCGAAGAUGAUGAUGAGCUCCUGGCUAUGGCAACGGAGAGCCUGAACUCUGAGGUGGUCAUGGAGACCGCUCACCGUGUCCUGCGCAACCACAGCCAGAGGCAGAGCCAGCCCUCACAGAAGGAGAUGCCAGAGCCGGAGCCUCAGCCCAUAGCAGAGCCUCCUGUAGCUCCGAGUGGUGACCUCCGCCUGGUGAAGUCUGUCAGUGAGAGCCACACUCCUUGUCCUUCAGAAAGCACCAGCGAUCCGGUCCCUCUGCAACGGUCCCAGUCUCUCCCCCACUCAGCUACUGGUUCACUGAGUGGCACAUCUGACCCAAAUGCACUUGGUGGCUCAGCCCUGAGUAACAGAGAGGCCUCUCGGCUGGACAAGUUCAAACAGCUGCUUGCUGGCCCCAAUACAGACCUCGAGGAAUUACGGAAGCUGAGUUGGUCUGGAAUCCCAAAGCCAGUUCGUCCAAUCACAUGGAAGCUUCUCUCAGGUUAUCUUCCUGCCAAUGUUGACCGGAGACCAGCCACACUGCAGAGAAAGCAAAAGGAAUACUUUGCUUUCAUUGAGCAUUAUUACAACUCGAGGAAUGAUGAAGUUCACCAGGACACAUAUCGCCAGAUCCACAUCGACAUCCCUCGGAUGAGCCCCGAAGCGCUGAUUCUUCAGCCCAAGGUGACUGAGAUUUUCGAAAGGAUCUUGUUUAUAUGGGCUAUCCGACACCCUGCCAGUGGAUACGUUCAGGGGAUAAACGACCUGGUCACUCCGUUCUUCGUGGUCUUCAUUUGCGAGUACAUAGACCAGGAGGACGUGGAUGAGGUCGAUGUCUCCAGUGUGCCUGCAGAGGUGCUUCGCAACAUUGAGGCUGACACCUACUGGUGCAUGAGCAAGCUGCUGGAUGGCAUUCAGGACAACUACACCUUUGCCCAGCCUGGGAUUCAAAUGAAAGUGAAGAUGCUUGAAGAACUUGUGAGCCGGAUUGACGAGCGAGUUCACCGCCAUCUGGACGGGCACGAAGUGCGAUACCUGCAGUUUGCGUUCCGCUGGAUGAACAACCUGCUGAUGAGGGAACUGCCCCUGCGCUGCACCAUCCGCCUGUGGGACACCUACCAGUCUGAACCCGAGGGCUUUUCUCAUUUCCACUUGUAUGUUUGUGCUGCUUUCCUCGUGAGAUGGCGGAGAGAAAUUCUAGAAGAAAGAGAUUUCCAAGAGUUGCUGCUCUUUCUCCAGAACCUGCCGACCGCUCGCUGGGAUGACCAGGAUGUCAGCCUGCUGCUGGCCGAGGCCUACCGCCUCAAGUUUGCCUUCGCUGACGCCCCGAAUCACUACAAGAAGUGAGCGUGGGGCCCAUGGCAGCGGCCUCACCCUGGGGGUGGCAUCCUUUCCCUACCUGGAUGGAUGCGGGCCUCUAGAUUGGUUCUUUCCUGGUGUGGCCUCGCAGAAUGGGCCUCAGCAUGGUCCAGAGCUGGCAGCCUCAGUUUGAUGAGAUACCAAAGAGAGUCCGGGAGAGAAUCCUAGCUUCAGAAGCUCAAUGCGGCCAGGAGUGACCCUCACCCUGGCCCUUCUUUGCCAAAUGCCCACCCUUGGGCCCCUAGCCCAGACAGCCAAGAGGAAGUUUCCCUCAUAGGGCCUGCUCUGUGGGUGCCAGGCAGAGGUGGGCAGCCAUCUCGGGCCUGCUCUGAAAUGCACAAAUCUGUUCUCUGAGUGAAAGAGCCAAGUCCAGACAAAAGCUGAGCACGGCUGGGGCUACGCACACAGAGCCUCCAGUGGCUGCCAUGUUCAGACCUGGUUUAAACAGGCCUGGAAGGCUGGGAGACAAGAAGAGGCCUCUCACCGCACCUUACUCUGUUUUUAAUUACCCCACUACUUAUCCCGGCAGGGGGUGGUCAAAGAACCUCCAGGGAGGCAGGAGUCUUUGUCAGUCAUGGGCCCACUCUUGGCCAUGACAGGGCAGAUGAGUGGCUCUGCAGUCCCAGCCUCUGGGGAGGUUCUUCCCUUCUGCAUAGGAACAACCAGGAGCUGCUGGGCUGGGGUCCCUUCCUACCCUGCUGCCCUUUCAGGAUCCGCUGGUUUGGAGCCGUUGCCCUGGCUGCUCCAGGGCCCUCAGACUGGCUUCCCACAUGUGCUUCUAGGCUGCCCCAAGCUGCCUGGCCUGUGAUGUGGGAUCCCCAGGGACUACCAGGCCAACCAUAGGACAAGAGCUUCGGACUCCUAGAGCAGGCUCCUAUCCUCAGUUACCCACCGUGGCCCACUCUGGCCUGUCCCUCCCUUAGGAGCAGCGUACCACUGCCCAGGCACUAGGACACUGCCCAGAGGCUGUGGGGGAUGAUACAGGGAAGAUGCGUAUCUGCUUCUAUUCCGAUUAUCCUGGGUCAGAUAGAGCAUGACAUCAGCAGUGCUGGGUAGGCAGUUCGUGUCCUGGAUCAGUAGGGGGACAUGCUCCCUCAGACCAGUGCCUAUCCUGGGUGAGGGGCACCCAGCUAUGAGGAAAACUGCUUCCUCUUUGGCUCUGUGGGGAAGCACCAUCCUUCCUGACCCUCCCAUGGUGCAGAAUGCCCCUCAGACAGAAGGAAGAACUGCUCCAUGGUGGGUUGUUUUUAUGAUAUGACAAGGACCCAUGCGGUUAACUUAAGCCCUGAAUGUAUUUUAAUGUGUGCAAAUGCUUGACUGGGUGUAAGGGACGCUGGCGACAGUCCUGCGUCUGAGCCAAGCAGGAUGUGUGCUUUGAAUGUGAUGUGUUGGAAACAGAAAAUAAAGAUGCUUCAUCUGG